CCAGACAACCCAAUGCACAAGACAAGGCAAGGCAAGGCAAACAAGCAAGUGCAUUAUCUUCGUUCUGAGAGAGAGAGAGAGAGAGAGAGACCAAAAGACAAGCAAGGUUUCACUACAGCUUCUAGAGAGAGAAAAUGGAGAGCUUCCCAGUGAUCAACAUGGAGAACUUGAAUGGUGAGAAGAGAGCAAUCACCAUGGACAAGAUCAAAGAUGCUUGUGAGAACUGGGGCUUCUUUGAGCUGGUGAAUCAUGGGAUUCCACCCGAGUUUAUGGACACGAUCGAAAGCAUGACAAAGGGGCACUACAAGAAGUGCAUGGAGCAGAGGUUCGGAGAGCUGGUGGCGAGCAAGGGGCUCGAGUGUGUCCAGACAGAGGUCCACGACUUGGACUGGGAAAGCACCUUCCACUUGAAGCACCUUCCUGUCUCUAACAUCUCCCAAAUCCCAGAUCUCGAUGAUGACUACAGGAGAGUCAUGAAGGAGUUUGCACUGAAAUUGGAGAAGCUGGCGGAGGAGCUCAUGGACCUACUGUGUGAGAACCUGGGCCUGGAGAAAGGCUACUUGAAGAAGGCCUUCUACGGGUCCCAAGGACCGAACUUCGGCACCAAGGUUAGCAACUACCCGCCGUGCCCGAAGCCCGACCUGAUCAAGGGGCUCCGGGCCCACACCGACGCCGGUGGCAUCAUCCUGCUCUUCCAAGACGACAAGGUUAGCGGCCUGCAGCUCCUCAAGGAUGGCCAGUGGGUUGACGUCCCCCCAAUGCGCCAUUCCAUCGUCGUCAACCUCGGAGACCAAAUUGAGGUGAUAACUAAUGGAAAGUACAAGAGCAUACUGCACAGGGUGGUGGCCCAGACCGAUGGAAACAGGAUGUCCAUAGCUUCAUUCUACAACCCAGGCAGCGACGCCGUGAUCUAUCCAGCACCGGCACUUGUGGAGAGCGAGGCAGAGGAGGCCAGCAAAGCAGUUUACCCAAAGUUCGUGUUCGAGGACUACAUGAGAUUGUAUGCUGCUCUCAAGUUCCAAGCCAAAGAGCCAAGGUUCCAAGCCAUGAAAGCCAUGGAGUCGAGCCCCAGUUUGGGCCCAAUCGCAACCGCUUGAUUUGGAGAAUUUAGGACUUCUCUAAGUGUGGACGCAGAAGAAUAAAUUGGCUUUUUUUUUAUUAUUAUUUUUAGGUUAUGAUUGGACCAACUGAGGAGAUUCUAUCCAUCAGUUUAAGUACAUAUUUGAACUCUGUCCCAAUAUGUACUUUGAUUUAUGGAUUGUAACGAUAUACUCAAUUGGAAAUAAUAGGAGCGAAAGAUCAUUUAAAAUAAUUUCUCCCGUAUUCCUUUGGA